AUGUCGCUCACAGAUGCGCUUGACCGACUAGCGCACGAGUCGGACCAGCUGAAGUACCACGCGAGCCAGAACACAGACCAAGCCGGCCCCUUCACCUCGGCGUACCUCUACCUCGAGCCUGGCUCCAAUGUGCUGUCCCUCAUCCGUGAUGCCGCGCCAAAGGAGAAGCGGCCGUUCAAGAUUCUCUCGGCACCUAAUCCUCCGCCCAACCAGCAAGCCGACUUUGGCGUCGACAAGCGACCAGGUGUUCAGCUCAAGACGGAAGCGGUGUUGACUCCGCUGAAGAGCCUGAGGGCUCGGCGUGGUCAGCCGGGCGAACUUGAUGCGACGCUGCGUGCGGCCGACGAGCUCCUCGCCGCCAUUGCGGACAGCUACCACAUGGCAAAGUACCAGGCGCACGUCCGUGCAUUGGCGCAGCAGCACGCAGAGCAGCAGCGCGAGCUUGCCGCCAUCCAGGCUGAGAUUGAAGCGUUCUCGUCACGACCCGCGAAGAAACCCGAGCCCGAGCCAGAGCGGGAAGAGCUCAGCGUCGACGAAGCGAUCAAGGCGGAGGAAGCGGCUCUCCGAGAGCUCGAGCGGAGUAUCGCACCCUUGCGACGGACCGCCCCGGCAUCGCCCGCGAGUCCGAGAAGUCCUCGGAGCCCGAUGGCGGCACGCAGUCCCCACAGCCCCGCCUCACCCAAGACGCCAAAGAGCAAGACGCCCGCGCGGCCGACGACGACUCCGAGCCGCGCCCUCCACUUCCCCGGAACGACGCCGCGACGGCCCUCCCAAACGCCGAAGGGGCGUUUCGAGCCGCUACACCUCUUCGGCACGCCGAGGGCGAAGACGCCCCAGGUCCCGCCGCCAGCGCUGAGGGAGAGUAUCCGCCGUGACGAGCCUGUCGGACGGAGCAUCUUUGGGCCUGGCGCUGGAAGACGGAGCACGCAGCAGCAGCCCCUCGACGCGAGCGUUAGGAAGGAGCCGCUGGACGCAAGUACGAAGGGUCUGGGAGCGAGUACCUCUGAGCGACCGCUGGCUGGGAGCACGGGACUGGGAGGCUCGACGGCGAAGGAGCCGCAGAGCCUUGCGUCCUCGACGCUGCAGCCGCCGUCACUCGGCACCUCGGCCAAUGCUCCUGCGACACCAGCGCACGCCCCGCCGAAACCAGCUGCUGCUGCUCCGACACCUGCCCCUCCGACACCUGCUCCUCCGACGCCCGCACCCCAGACACCCGCCCCCGCACCACCAGCAGAAUCGACAUCAGAGAUCGACGCGACGAACCCGGCCGUGGUCUCCGGAGUGCUGGCAGAUGUGAUGCGCAUGCUAACCCCUUCUGGGCGAGACGUUGCGUCGACAGUAUCACACCUGCACGCCGUGCUAAACGCCGAAGUCCCCUCUCCACCAACAGCAGGCGCCGUAACGCAAGAGGCCGUGCUCAUGUCCGCGGCUGCGCUGUCGCUCCUCCGCGCCGCGCCCUCUGGCGGUGUCUUGAUGCCGGUCCUGAAGGCGGAACUGGCCACGACGGCGCGUGUCAGGGGAUGGAGCGAGGAUGCGGCCCAGAGGACGAUCUAUGCCGGUGUGGGGCGGAAGGCGUGGAAGAUCGACCGCCGCGCGGGAGGGGGUGGGAAGGUGCACCUUACCUAG